UACGGUUGCCUGCACUGCAUUUGAGUCAGAAAUUCUGACAACUUUGACAGUCCAAAGAUGGCAGAGUGUUGACGUUUGUGUUGAUCUCGUUAUUUGCAUUUUAUUUUACUUUAAACUAAAUUUAAUUAAGCACCGAAAUGAGCAAUCACCACAACAAUGGGGCCAGAGCCAGCGAAACAGAGCAAAUGGCUCAAUCACAGUAUUUAAAAGUGUUUGUUCAAAGGGAUUAUAGUGAGGGCACUGUUGUUAAGUUUCAGACGAGGUUUCCACCCGAAUUAGAAGGAAAAUUGGAUCGACAAAUUUUUGAAGGAACAAUAACUAGACUGAACUCAUAUUUUGCUGAAGCUGAAAAAGCCACCUGUUCUACAUACUGCGAAGGCUGUUUGGCUUGUUUAACUGCCUAUUUUAUAUAUAUUUGCAAAGAAACACACUAUGAAAAAUGUCUGAAAAAGGUCUCAAAAUUUAUAGCUGAGCAAAACGAGAGAAUGUAUGAGCCAAGAGGAUUAAAAUUGACAGACCCAAGUAUGAGGGGGUUACGAGUGUUGGAGAUUAGUUGUCUGGAUAGGCCUCCUAAUGUAUGACUUACACUGUCUCACUCCACACAGGAGUUUUUUAUGUAAUUUUUGUGUCCUUGAAUCAAGCUGACUAUAUCAAUUUAUUUAAGUGGUGAUAUUUUAAAACUUUUGGUUAUAGCCAGGUUAGUAAGAUUUAUUAUAAUUAUUUAAUAUUGAUUUGAGUGCUAGAAAAAUCAAAUUAAUUUAAGGUUAAAAUAUUUUAAUGUGC